AUGGCUCAGGCCGCAGCCACGCCGACAGCAGCCGGUCCCUCGCGGCCGGGUCACGGAGUGGGUCAUUUGCUCCCGGGCACCGACUCGCAGGACUCGCGAGAAGGGGACUCUUCUUCCUCGCCUCCAGGGGCCCUCACGCCGGCUGUGGCGCGUGCGUUCUCGUCUUCUUCUCUCGCUUCAUCUCCGGUCUCUGCGAGCGUGGCGACGCCCAUGCUGAUGACGGUGGGAAGUGCAGCAGCGGGGGCGUCGACAGGCGCGACACCGAACGCGGCGGCGGGCUUCCCUGCGUCGCACGCGACUCACCUCGCGGCAUCUCACCCGGGGCCUGCUGUCUUCUCCUUCGCGCCCUCCUCGGGGUCGGACGCGAACACGCUCUUGGCGGUCUCGUCCGCCGCGUCUUCUCUCCCCUCGGUGUCACUGCCUCUCGCUUCGUCUCACCUGGCGCUUUCGCAACUCCAUCCAGCUCUCUCGCAGGCGGCGCACGCCGGGGGAGGCGCAGCGGCGAACGCCGCAGCCCCGUCGUCGCACCUCCUGUCUCAGCUGGGAGGCUCGUCUCUUCUUCUGCUCUCCUCGCCCCCCACUGCGCCUCCCGGCGUCGCUGCGGCCUCGCCUGGGGGCCCGAAGGGCGUCGUCUCCGGCACGACCGGGGUCGCGCCGGCGCUCGUGGCGCCGCAGGCCUCGGGCACGACGCUCAUCGCAGGCCCAGGAGCCGCGGGUCCAAGUCUGAUUGCGCUCUCUUCCGCGCCGUUCUCGGCGUCGCAUCCCCACCACGCCUUCCUUGCGGGGCCUGGGCAGCCGCCGACGGCCGCGUGGGUCGUGGACGCGGGAGGCUCCUUUUCGGGCCCGUUCGCGGUCGGCGCGGCGGUCUCUGGCGUGGCGACGGCCGGCGUCCUCGGGCGGCGCACCAACACGCAGCCCUCGCCGGCCUUCUCGUCUUCGUCUUUUUCCUCCUUCCCCUCGCCUGCCUUCCAGGCCGUCCCCGCCCACGAGGGCGGCGCCUCGGCGCUGGCAGCUGCCAUUGCGGCCGUCAAGGUGGAGCCCAGUGCGGGGCCCGAAGCCAGAGAGGGCGAAGCGGACGCGCGAACUGGCACCCCGACCGAGGGAGUGACUGAGACUGCGAUGGACGCGCGCAGGCCUGGCGACGCUCUGCCUUCAACUCAUCUGAGCGUCCUUCCUGGCUGUGCAGCGUCGCCGCCUCCUACCCUGGCUGGCGUCGGCGUCUCGUCUUCCUCUUCGCUUCCGUGCGCCUCGGGUCUUUUGUUGCAAAGCGGCACCGGUGCCACGUCGGCCGCGUUCGCCUCGUCCUCCUCCUCGCCUUUGGCCUCGGACGUCGCCUCCGGGACCGCGGGCUCGCCCCGAGGCGACGGGGGAGAGGCAGUCUCCGCGACAGGCGGGGGGAGCCCGGCGCAGGCCUGCAUCUUAGCCAGCGACGCAGCCACCUCGCCGACGAGCGCCGCCGGCGUGAUUCUCUCUGCACCCGUUAGCGGGGCAUCGCCCAGCUUCGAGGGCGAACUCGCUCGAGCCGACAGCGCGCGCGCAGCGGCGGCGCUGGGGUCGCCGUUCGAUUCGUUGAGUGCUCACCUGUCUCCUGCUCAGAUUCAGGCAGGCGGAGAGCGAGCGGAAGCGUCUCCCGCGGCAGUUUUCUUCACGGGUCGCCAGGGGCCUGCGGGCGGCGACGCCCGCGGCGUUCAGGCUGGGGUGCUGGCCCCGCAUCCAUCCCAGCCGGGUCUCACAGUGGUGACUUCGCCCAUUCUCUCGUCCUCCUUUCCGUCCUUCUCCCCCUUCGCGUCGUCCGCGCUGACGGCAGUGACGGUGGAGCGGCUGGCGGCUCUCGCGGCCGUCGUUGCAGGCGGCGGCGGGGGCGUCCCCGGCGUGCAAGGUGUCUCUCCGGCGGUCGUGACUCGAGACAGCCUGGGCUUCCUCGGCGCGGCGGCCGGCCCGGGCGCGCCCAUGGCGGACGUCGUCGCCGCCGGCGCCGCGGCUGCUGUGGAGGGACCGGCUGGCGCGCCGGUGCCGGGCGUUGGCGCCGGAGGAGCCCCUGGGGCCGUCGUCAAGAGGCCCAGGGGUCGACCCCGCGGCAGCAAAAACAAAUUUCCUCGGACUGCGAAUCGCGCGACGCCCUCGGCAGCGGCGAGCGCCGCCGCCGCUGCGGAGGUCUCACAGGGCGAGGCCUCAGCGAAUUCUGCGCAGGCCGCGGACGGGGAUACGCCGUCCGCGAGCGGGGCGGCGGACGCUGCGGCGGCCGCGUCGCCGGACGUGGGCGAGACAGGCGCCGAUUCGAGGUCGGCGAGUGUGCCGUCGCCUCUGUCCCUUCCGGCGCAGGUGAAGGGCAAGAAACGCGUGGCCGCGGGCCGCAAGAAAAAGGGGGCGGACGCUCCGCCCGUGCUGUCCGCCGCUGCAGACAACGGGGCCAGCGCAGCGGUGGACCCUGCCGGAAGUCCCUCUGAAGCGAAGCCCGGCUCGCCAUUUCCUGGUCCCGUGGCUUCCUCGCCGGGGCUGGCAGACACGCAGGGCGGCGGCGCCCGUCCUCCCGCCUGUGUCCCGGGGGUCUCGAGCACCUCGCAACUGCCUGCAGUCGGCGGGUCCGACGGGGGCGUCCCGAGCGGCGGUGCGCCUGUGAAGGACGCAGACCGCCUGCAGGAGACAGGCGGCGGGGUCGAGGGGGCGAGCCCCGAGGGAGGGCUUUCGCGUGGGCCUUUCGGCGCAGCGCCUGGAGGGAGUGGCGGCGACGGGGUCGCCGCUGGCCUCUCCCUGGCGACCGCGGGAAACCUGGCGGGCCUCGACGCCGCUGCGCACGCAGGCGUCGCCUUUUCGGGCGCUGUCGCAGGGGGCAGCGGCGCGAGGGGCCGCCCGGCGCCAGCGGGCGCGCUGGAGAGCGCAGACGGCGUCGCUGCAUGCCAGCUGGCGGACGCCGACGGCGGUCCAGGGGCCCCCGCUGGCGCGGUGCAGGUCCCGGACGUCCUCCUGCUGCGGUCCCCGUCCGGGGAUGAGCUCCCCGGAGCGGUCGCCUCCGAGCCUGGCGUGGCGGGUCAAGAAGGCCCCGCGAUGGCGUCUGCGUCGAACGCCGUGGGGCGCGUUGGCUUGGGCGCGGAGCCGCCGACCGCAGUCGAGGCGGCGGAGACGGGGGCAAGCGCCGUCCACGCGGCGUCGUCGCUCUCGCCGCUGCCUGCGGUCGCGUCGGCGGUCGCCGCGCAGGGCGGCAGUGGCGACGCGGCCGCAGCUGGGGGGUGUGCCGGCGAGGAGGAGGGAGCGCCGCUGGCUUCGGCUGCCGUAAAGGCCGACCCUGCGGAAGCUUCGUCGUCGCGAGGGCCGCUGACCGGCGAGGCGCUGGCCUGGCGCGGGUUGGGCAUGAUCAAGGCGGGCGGCAUUCGCCGCAGCUACUCGGCGUCCUUCAAGCUCGCGGUCGUCGCGGCUGCGGAGGGGAUGUGCAGCAACACGAAGGCUGCGAAGCAGAUGGGCGUCACGGAGAGCCUGGUGCGCCGGUGGCGCAUGCAGAAGCACGUGCUCGAGCAGCUGCCCGGGGAGAAGCUCUCGCGCAGGGGCCGCAAACACGGCAAGUACGUGACGCUGGAGCAGCAGCUCUGCCUGCACGUCUGCGCGGUGCAGCAGCAGGAGGGCCGGAUUCUGAAGGACACUGAGAUGCGGCGACUCGCCAGCGAAAUCGCCGGGAACUUGGCCGUCUCCGACUUCAAGGCAAGCUCCACGUGGUGCUUCCGCUUCAAACGCCGCUGGGGCCUAGAUCGCGUCCAGAACACGCACGCCACUGGCGCGGGCGGCGGCGCGCACGGCAACAAGAGGCACCACCAUGUGCUGGCGACAGGCCAGGCCCCAGCCGGCGAGCCCGGAGCCGAAGACAAACUGCCCCUCGGCGCUGCCCCCGGCGGCGAAGACCUCGAAGGCCACGCAGAGCACGGCGAAGACGGCGCCGGCGCACCCGGCGCCGCAGUGGCUAACAAGAAGAAAGACUCCCUGCUUGCGGACACCGUGCCGCUUUCUGAGCUGCAGGGCGACGGCGACGAAGACCGCACGCGCCAAGGAGACACCGAAAGAGACACGCCGUCAUCCGGCGCCGCCCUGCCGGGGUCAGACGUGGGGUGCCUGGGGCCAUUGCCGCCUGCGUGUGCGGCUUCUGAAGGCGCGCGUGCGCAGCGGAGCGACAGCGCAAGAGAAGCGGAGGCGCAGGGGACACAGCUGGACAGCUCGCCAUUGUACCUCUCGUCGCUUUUGGCCUGCGAAAGCGGCGGGCCUGCGGCGAGGCAGGACGACGGCGGUGUCGCGCAGGCCGCGGGCGCGGCGACUGGGGCGCUCCGAGGGGGCCGGGACGGGACGAGAGGCGACGGAGGAGACCCCACGGGCGACGCGGGCAGUAGCAGCGCGCCUCCCGCGGCUCUGUCACUUUCUGCGUUUCCUGCUCCCGGCGUCGGUGCCCCGGGGACCGGCGAGGGCGGCAAGCUGGACGACCGAGAGCAAGACAAGCAGAUGCAUUUCCUCCAUACCCAGCUGAACGAGCUGAGUGCCUCCAUGGGGGCGGGAGGUCCGGCGUCGCCUUCGGGUUUGCCUCCUCUCCCCCCAGCGUCCCUGGCCUCGUUUUCUCCGUCUCCCUCGGCGUUGACGUCCGCUGCUGGAGCUGGCGAAGGGGGGGCGGCGCCAGCAGGGACUGGACCGCCGGCCACGCCGUCUCUGCUGCCGGUGGCGGCUUCAGUCGUGCCUUUCCCCGCUUCCUUCUGCUCCACAGUGCCCUCCUCCGCGCAGCCGUCCGUAGGGUUCAUGGAUCGACCCGACGCCGCCAGUUCGCGCGCGGUGGGUGACGCGAAAGGGGCUGGCGCCCCCGAGGGCACCCUGGGGCGAUUCCCGGCUUCCUUCUCUUCGUCGACUCAAAUUCCGCUCGCAUUCCUGGGUCCGCCGGCGCUCUCUGGCCUCUCGGACCUCGCGGGCGCGCGGCCCUCGGGACCCGCUGGGGUCGACGCCGAACUCGGGGGAGGAGCGACGGGGGAGGAAGGAGACGCGCGACACGACGGGGCUGCGGCAGCUCCAGAGGGUUUGUGUCUGCUUCAUCUUCAGGCAGGCAGUCAGGAGGAGGAGAUUGCGUUGCAGCGGAAGCUGCUAGAGCUUCAGCGGCAACAAGAGGCGCUGGAGCGCGAGAUUGAACAGCAUCGCCUGCAGACGCAGGGGGGCCUGCACCGGCGAGAUGGAGUCCAGGGCCCGGCGGGCGGGGAUGAGGCCGGUAAGGCGGUCGACGACGGCGAGCAGGCGGCCGCCACGAGCGGCAAAGAGGGGAACGCGUCCCAGCCGGCAAGCGGCGACGCGGCGGGCGCGAGCGGUGCGAAGGCGAGCAACGGCGAGCCGAGUGAGGCGGCCCACGCAGAGACUGGAGGCAGUUCAGCUGAGGCGGCGGCACGCCAGCCCGGCGCGAGCGGGCGCGGCGGAGGGAACGCCUCGGUCGCACCGGUUCCUGUGUUGUUCGAUUCACAUGGCCGCCUGCUUCUCCAUCCGUCUCUCUCCUCUUCACUCCUUCUUCAGCCUUCGCCGGGGUCGCCGGCCGCGGCGGGUCUCCAGCUGACGGAGGCGCAGCGCGCGGCGGGGGCUCGCAUGGUGCUGGCGGCUGCGGGCUCGGGCGCCGCGGGCGCGGGGGCCUUCGGGCCCUUCUCGUCCUUCCCGGUCGCCUUCGCGUCGGCCUCUGGGCUCCAUCCGGCCGCGCUGCAGGUGACGGCGCCCCUCGCCGCGUCUGCUGCGGCACUUGUGCCCGCGGCCUUUGCGGCCUCCUCGCCGGUCCCCUUCUUGCGCGCCGCCGACGGACCCGGCGGAGACAAGGAGACAGAGAGACAGGGCAGCGAGGGAGGCACCGAAGUGUCCCUCGACGACAAGGACCGCGCCGCAGUGGAGGCGUCGCCGGCCGCCACGCUGAGCGGCGACAAGGGUGAGGCCCUCGCAUUUUCUUCGUCGUCUCCGCUCGCCUCCGCCGCGUGCUCGCCGACCGCGGGGGCGCCCGGCGGCGUCAAGGCGACGGCGGACGGCGCGCGCCCUUCAGGCUUCUUUGAGGACGGCCGUGACGGAAGCAUCGGCUCCGUCGCGCAGGGAGAGGCCGAGAUGCCGGCGCACGCUGCGGGCGGGAUAGGGGCGCUGCCUACGGGUCGGGGCCUGAGCGGCGAUGAGCAGCAGCGCGAAGAGAGCGCGGUGCCUUCGCUUGCCGCUCUGCCGGCUGCCUCGGCAUGUGCGAAGGCCGCCGAGAGCGGCGCCGCAGGUAGCGGGAACUGA